GUGAAAUUCGAUGUGUAGGUAAAUCAUUAGUUUAAAUUUCCUAGUGACUCUUCAAGACUUGGAAAUGGAAAUCCAAUUUCAUCCAUACCUCCCACAUAGAAUCACAACAUAUAAACACCCAUCAUCAUGUAUCUCCUCCAUAGCCAGAUUAAGAAGAUAUGGAGCCUCCUCUUCACAUUCCUCCCACUCAGCACAGCACUAUCCCAACUAAGAGCCGACCUCUACAACGCCGCCCCCAUCCCCACCAACGCAACACUCCCAGACGGCACAGUAGGAUUCUGGCAACCAACCGUAGUAACCCUAAUAUCAGGCGCCUCCGAAGCCGUGCUAAUCGACACCCUGUUCACCUCCGCCCAAGCCAUCGCCCUAGCCGACUGGAUCGAGGAAACAAUCCCCAACAAGCGCCUAACCACAAUCUACAUAACCCACGGGCACGGGGACCACUGGUUCAAUAGCGCAUACCUGCAAACGCGCUUCCCAGGGGUCCAAAUCGUAUCAACACAAGCCUCAAUAACGCACAUGUCCACGCAACUAACCAGCGAAUUCCGCACCUUCUGGAGCACCCUCUUCCCCUCGCAAAUCCCACCCUCCUCAUACCAAAUCCUCGCACAACCCCUUCAAGACAAUAAAUUCACCCUCGAAGGCCACGUCCUCGAAGCCGUGGACGUAGGACACUCCGACACCGACGAAACGACAUUCCUGCACAUCCCGUCGCUGGGAAUGGUCGUCGCGGGGGAUAUCGUGUAUAACGACGUACACAUGUGGAUGACGGAAUCGCCGACGCAAGCACAGCGGGACGCGUGGGUGAGGUCUUUGGAUAAAGUUUCCUCCGUCAACCCAGCGAUUGUGAUCGGAUCGCACCAUAGACCUGGGGGUGUGGACGGCGCGUUUAAUAUCGCGGCGUCGCAGACGUAUAUCCGGACGUUUGGGAAAUUGCGGGAAGUGGCGACCAGUGCGGAGGAUUUGUAUGCGAAGGUUUUGGAGGCGUAUCCAAAUCGGAUUGGGAAGUUGGUGUUGUGGUUGGGGUGUCAGGCGCAGUUUCCGUCGGAGGAUCGUUCGGGACGGGAUGAGUUGUGAAAACUCGUGAUCCGAGAGAAUUUUGAGGGGUUGGUCGGUGAUUUCUGGGAUCAGUUCUACAAUCGUAGGAUUUGGGGCUGGGGCAAUAUAAACUCCAAGAUAUUAAUAUAAGGAAAAAGAGUUCGCUUUUUUCAUAAGUUAGAUGGAGAGGGUAGUUAGCGGGAUUCUCGGCGUCAAUAAGUUAGGGGCAUCAAUCAAUUGAAUACCAAUCACUAAUAUUCCAAUCCGAGCACGUACGU